CUCCACCCCUCCAGAACGACUUUCCUUCUUCCCCAGCCUCAGCCAGUCCUCGCAGGCUCCCCUCUUGCUUCUGACAACUUCCCUUCCCUCUCCCCUUCCCCCCAAUUUCUAAAUAAGAGACGCGAACACCCAGGCUGAACAGACCUCCCAGACCUGUCUCCCUCACGAAGCUAGCUGCGCGACGCUCUGCCACACCCCGGCAGUCCUACUCUAUGGUCGCUUUAUAAUGUCUCACGCCGGAUAUUGAGGGGGAAGGUGGGUGAUGGUUCACGAAUCCCGAAGUUCGCAAGUACGAUGGCAGCCCUUGAGGAAAAAACGCUGCGCUCCGUCGACGUGCUAAACGGCCCCAAGGAUUGUCUGUAGAGAAUUUUUUAUAUAAGGGUUGUAUAGAGCUUCAUUGUGAUUCCAGCCCAGCUACGAAUCACAUCAUCCGGAAACUGACCGGAAGUUCCUUUCUAUUCUGUUACGGGUGUUUCUGUGGUUCCCAAGGAUAAUGUCUACCGGUUAGGUCGGUGCUACACAGCAGGAAAAAAGGGCAACGUAUGGCCUCUAACCGGAAACGAGGCGCAAAGAACUCGCGCGAUAAGCGACUUGCUCUGGGCGCCACAAUCGAAUUGCCUCAGACUAGCGACCGGUGUGAGGCUGGUGGCAACGGCGCGCGAGAAAAGUGACAGAAGCCUGAAGCGGGAGGGGAUGAAGGCAGAGUGGGCGGGUCUAGACGAAGAGCCUCCUCCCUUUCAAGGAAAACGCAACAGCGCUGUCGCGAGGAGACCUUAAUUUAUGUGUGGGGCGUGAGGAAGUUAUAAAGCUACCAUAGAGUAGUACUGCCGGGAUGUGACAGAGCGUCGCGCAGCUAGCUUCGUGAAUAAGAAAAGUCCUGGGUGUUCGUGGUACUGGCUGUGAUUUCGGAACCAAGGUGAAGGAGGUAUUUAGAGGCGUCUGGGAGGAUUGGCUAGGCUAGGGACUAGGCCUUUAAGAAGGAAAGUCGUUCUGGAGGGGUGGAGUUCGAGUGCGAAGAGAGGUGGUAGCAGCAGGACGGAGAGAAAAGCUGACUGCUAGGUAGAGCAGAGGUCCGUCGGUGGAGGAGCAGGCAGGCGUGAGUUGGUCCCCUCCCAGCAGUGUGGAGGACCUUCGAAGGCCAUGGCGGCGGCAGGGCCCAUAGGUGGUGGCCUCCUGAACCCCGUGGCCACCCUCCACGAGGAGGCUGUCUGUGCGAUCUGCCUGGACUACUUCACGGACCCGGUGUCCAUCGGAUGCGGCCACAACUUCUGCCGCGUGUGCAUCACUCAGUUGUGGGGUGCCGCUGCCGAGGACAGCCCAGAUGAGGAAGAUGAAGGCGAAGAUGAUGGAGGAGCGUCUGGCUCCGAUGGUGACUACAGGCCUGGUUCUGAGGAGGCGGUGGAUGAUGGAGGGAUAGACGACUUGGGACCGGAGGAAGAUGGUGAUGAUGAGGAUGAUUUAGAGGAGUACCUGGAUGGUGGGGACAUGGUUGAGGAAGAAGACGACGACGAUGCAUCUCGGGAUGGGUAUGAUGAAGAUGAUGAGAUCGCGUGGGAUGAAGAAGUCAACGGAGACUUUUGGGACCAGGAUCCUGGGUCGGAUGAGACGUGGGAGGAUGCCAUGGGGGGUGACCUGUUCUUUGAUAAUUACAAUGAGGAGGAGGAAGUGAUGGAGGAUGAAGCAGUGGAGGACGAGGCAGACUCCCCUCUUACUCCACCACCGCGCCAGUCUUUCACCUGCCCACAGUGCCGCAAAACCUUUCCUCACCGCAACUUCCGUCCCAACCUUCAGCUGGCGAACAUGGUGCAGAUCAUCCGCCAGAUGCAUCCUCAGCCCUUCAAGAGCACAACCCCUCCAGCUGAGGUGGUGGAGUUGGCGGCGGCAGGGGAUGCGUUGGGAGUGUCAUCGGCCUUGGCAGCGGGCAGAGGUGUGCGAGGUGAGCGCGUCUUGUGUGAGAAGCACCAGGAGCCCCUCAAGCUUUUCUGUGAGGAGGAUGAGGAGCCGAUCUGUGUGGUGUGCAUAAAAUCGCGCAGCCAUAAGCACCAUAAUUUCGUGCCUCUUGAGGAAAUUGUGGAAGAAUACAAGGCCAAGCUCCAGGGUCACUUGGAUCCACUGAAGAAGAAACUGGAGACAGUUCUGAAGCAGAAGUUGAGUGAACAGGAGAAAGUAUCUGAACUGAGAAACAAGAUGAAGCUGGAUAUGAAAGAAUUUGAGUCGGACUUUGAGCGGCUACACCAGUUCCUUGUGGGGGAGCAGGCACAGCUGCUCCACCAGCUAGAGGAUCGCUACAACAUUCUACUAGCCUGCCAUAAUAGUAAUGUUACCCACCUGGAGGAGCAGAGUGCCACGCUCAGCCACCUCAUUGCGGAAGCUGAAGACAAGAGCAAGCAGGAUGGUUUGCAGCUGCUCAAGGAUUUCAAAGGCACAUUAGUCAGGUGUGAGAACAUAAAAUUUCAGGAUCCUGAGAGGGUGCCAGUGGACACAGGAAAGAAAUAUCAGAACUAUUUCCUUCUAGACACCUUGAUGAGGAAGAUGGAGAAAGUCUUCUGCAAAGUCCCUCAAGUUGACUUGACCCUGGACCCAGAGACAGCACAUCCAAGCCUCACCCUUUCCUCAGACUGCCACAGUGUCCAACUCGGGGAGCAUUGGCGAGAUGUGCCCAACACCUCCAAACGCUUCAACUCAGACUAUUGCGUGCUGGCUUUGAAGGGUUUCACCUGGGGCCGCCACUGUUGGGAAGUGGAGGUGAGUGGUGGGUGGGGUUGGGCCGUGGGGGUGACCCGCAAAAUGGCCAGACGCAAAGAGAAGUCCAGCAGAGGACCCCACCUGAAGCGGGAGAUCUGGUGCGUGGGGACUAAUGGGAAGAAAUACCAGGCCCUGACGGCCACUGAGGAAACGUCCCUCUCUCCAUCGGAGAAGCUCCGGCGCUUUUGUGUCUACCUGGACUAUGAGCGGGGCCAGCUGAGCUUCUACAAUGCCGAGAGCAUGACCCACAUCCACACUUUCAAUGUUUCUUUCCAUGAGCGCAUUUUCCCUUUCUUUUGCGUCCUCUCCAAGGGGCCCUGCAUCAAACUUUGCAAUUGAUGGUGCCAUUGCUGCUGCCGUUACAUAUAACUGGAUGCUGUCCCCACCCUAAGUACAAAACUCUCCAGUCCUCUUUGUUCAUCCCUGGUACAAGAUUCAUGCUCCUUUCCACCCUUAGAGUUUGGUGGAUUCCUAUCCUGAUGUGAAUCCAAUCUGGCAAGGACUCAUCUCAGUUCUUCUAAAGAGCUACUACGUCCCUGAUCUGAUUCCCCCCCCCCCCCCCCCACUCCUUUAGAGAUCUGGUUGUGGCUCAGAUCUGUCCUUGCAAAAACCUCUUUCUUUGCCUUUUGGGGUUCUGCUGUGAGCAGACAGCUUUACUUGCUGGGUCUUUCUUCCAAGAUCUCUGUAUCCUUGAUUACCCUCCCCCCUUUUCCUCUGGAGAAGGCUUGUGAAUUGAGCCUUAUCUGGCAGCAGGUAAUUCUCCAUUUUAUUCGGAGAAUGGGAAUCUGCCACAGCAAGAAAAAGCCUUGGGACUACUGUUUUCCACCCAUUCUAAACCCAUUCAGAUCUUAGAUUUCUUGCAAUCCCUAACUUUUGGUGCCCUGGUUAUAUGCCUGCUAUCAGCAUAUUCUUAGAACUGCUUUCCCAGCAUGGAUUUGACCUUGUUCUGUCAGGACACCACCAAGUGUCGAGGAACCACCUAAAAUGUUGGUCUACAUUUUAAAUACAGCUUUUAGAGAAUCAUUGUGCCUGGUUUCUGGAUCCAGGGUGGUUUUUCCCACUCUAACUGCUCCAGUGUCUUUUUCCUCUUCACUAAACACAGGCUAACUUAUCCUUAUUUUUACUACCAUCAUACAUUUUUAAAGAGAAGUGGCUAUCAGUCCCAUCCCACUGCUGUGUGUGAGUUGAGAUAAUGUCCCAGCUGUCUGUUUUCCUUUCCUUGCUGCUGUUUCCCUCUUCUGCUUAGAUUGGAUUUAUAGCUGGUAUCAGUGUGUGAUGUACACAUUAUUUCAGCCAAUGGCAAGUCCUAGCUGGACAGACUCUUCUGCUUAGAUGCAGCUGUGGAUGGCCAUGGCUGCUGGAAUGAAUGUAACCUCAGAAGUUCACUGUAAAGCUUUGCAGAUGGGAGUCCAUGGCUGCCCUCACCUUCACCCUACCCUGAGGUUUAGGUGACUUAUUUUCAAUAAUUUCACUUGUUUGCAGUUGAAUCCUUCUGCUCUCCCACUCCUGGAACCACUGGGGCUUCAGCUGUGCCAGCUAUGUGCGUAUGUGUGUGUCUGAGUUCUUUUUGGCAUCACAGAGCUCCUUUUGAACUAUUUUUGAUUAAAAAGAGUCUUCAAGAUUUAGUUUUUUUGGAGAAAAACUUGAGAGAAUAAAUGCAACUCGUAAAAGUUAA